AUGCCGCUUCUCAGGCUACGGGACGGAGCCGAGCUCUUCUAUAAGGACUGGGGUAACCCCGAGGGGGCUAUCGUCACCUUCUCGCACGGGUGGCCCCUCAGCAGCGACAACUGGGAGAACCAGAUGGCAUUCUUGGGUGAGCAGGGCUUCCGCUGCAUAGCCCACGAUCGGCGAGGCCAUGGACGGUCGACACAGACGUGGCAUGGCAAUGACAUGGACACCUUUGUCGAUGAUCUCAAGGAGCUGUUCGAGCACCUCGACAUCAAGGAUGCCGUCAUGGUAGGCCACUCCCACGGUGGCGGAGAAGUCACUCGCUUUCUUGGCAAGCAUGGCACCGGCCGCGUCAGGAAAGCCGUCCUUGUCGGUGCUGUGCCGCCUCUGAUGCUCAAGACGGCUGCCAAUCCCGAGGGCACGGACAAGGCCGUGUUCGACUCUUUCCGCGACGCCAUGCGGAGGGACCGCGCUCAGUUCUUCCUCGACGUGGCCACUGGACCCUUUUACAACUUCAAUCGGGAGGGUGCGCCCCGUAGCGAGGGUCAAAUUCGCAGCUGGUGGCAGCAAGGCAUGAAUACAAGCUUCAAGACGGCCUACGACUGCAUCAAGGAUUUUUCAGAGACUGACUUUACCGAUGAUCUGAAAAAAAUCAAUAUCCCGGUCCUGGUCCUUCAUGGCGAUGACGACCAAGUUGUCCCCUUUGGAGCUUCCGGUGAAAAGUCCGCGAAGCUGCUGCCCCAGGGCAAGCUCAAGAUCUACGGAGGAGGGUCGCACGCCAUCCACAAUAUCAACGUCGACGAGGUCAACGCUGACCUGCUGGAUUUUGUACGCUCUUAA